CUUCCCGGCGGCGCGGUCUCGCCGGGCCGCGGCUGACGUUGGACAACAAAGAUGGCGGCGGGGAGCAGCAACUACUGGGAAGAUCUCAGGAAGCAGGCGAGGCAGCUGGAGAACGAGCUGGACCUGAAGCUGGUCUCCUUCAGCAAGCUCUGCACCAGCUACAGCAGCACCCGAGACGGAAGGCGCGACAGGUAUAGCUCUGACACAACUCCUCUCCUAAAUGGAUCAAGCCAGGACAGAAUGUUUGAGACCAUGGCUGUGGAGAUUGAACAACUUCUGGGAAAGCUUACUGGAGUAAAUGACAAAAUGGCAGAAUACACAAACAGUGCGGGAGUCCCGUCCCUGAACGCUGCACUGAUGCAUACGUUACAGCGUCACAGAGACAUAUUGCAGGAUUACACGCACGAAUUCCACAAAACCAAAGCAAACUUUUUGGCAAUACGAGAAAGGGAGAAUCUGUUGGGAUCAGUACGAAAAGAUAUCGAAUCCUAUAAAAGUGGGUCUGGCGUGAAUAACAGAAGGACAGAACUAUUCCUGAAGGAACAUGAACACCUUCGAAACUCAGAUCGACUGAUAGAAGAAACAAUAAGCAUCGCCAUGGCAACUAAAGAAAAUAUGACUUCGCAGAGAGGGAUGUUGAAGUCAAUACAAAGCAAGAUGAAUACCUUGGCUAAUCGGUUUCCAGCGGUGAACAGCCUGAUACAAAGGAUCAACCUCCGGAAACGACGAGAUUCUCUCAUCUUGGGCGGCAUUAUUGGCAUCUGUACCAUCUUACUGCUGCUAUAUGCUUUUCAUUGAUGGAUGUUCCCCCAUAGACUCUGCUAAACUCAUCACCACCAUCCCUCCCCCCCGGUCACGGAGAAGUGAGUGGGGGAAGCGACAGACUUCAAACAGCCUGCUCGUUAUGGCUGGGAGUAUCAGCAUGAUGUCUAGAGCUUAUGACGGUAGACUGCGACACUGGUUUGGGGUUGAAGCUGCAGUGUUUCUCCUUCCUUGCCAUGCAUCUUCCUUUGGUUAAAUUUUGUGGGAUUUGUUUGUCUCUAAUUCGCUUUCUCAGCUGCGAGGUAAGUCAAUAUGGGCUGCUUACCAGAACUGGGAGAAGACUCUCUGUGCUGAGCAGUGCUGGAGAGGUCUGCUCUUGGCUGGUAAGUGGAAAAGGAUUGUUACGCUUGCCUUGGGUGGAAACUCUGCAGAAGCCUGUUUCCCCUGCGGGCCAGGCACAGUACUGAACGCUUCUGCCCCGUGAGAAGAAUAUUGCAGCUUUAAGCCGUCAGGUUGCUUUACUACUAAAUACAUGUCCUGUAAUUCUUUUAAACUCAUGGUUGAGAUACUAGUUAUUUCUGCAUAAUUUGUGCUGUGAAAACUGUGCUUCACACAAAUUCCUCAAAGUAAAAAAAAAAAAAAAAAAGGGUGUUCAGUUCACUUUUUGCACAGAAUACGAAUAAACUACCCUCUGAGGAAGAUUCGUAGGGUUUCUCGUGGCUUUAAAGGGACUAACAAGUCCCCCUUUGUAAAAAGGGAGCGCAGUGUCCUAGCAGCUGUUCACUAGAGUGUUCAGUCAUCUGAAAAGUGACCAAACCUGAGAUCACCUAAAAGUAGUCUUUUGGGUGUAAAUACUUUUGAUUUUUGGCUGGUAUCAUAAAGGUCUUUAUAAAGACAUGAUAAGCAGUUUGCAAAGUCUAUAUUGUAAUUUAGAUAAAAGUUAUACAAUAGCAUUAAUAUUUUUACACCGCAGGUAAGAUAUAAUACAAACUGUCGAUUGGAAAUGAAAAUUAUGAUGGUUAUACCGAGGCAAACGUAUCUGCGUGCAAAAUUAUUUGAAAGAACUCCUUAUAGUAAAGAGCUGAAUGUAUGAACAGCGAAACAAGUGUUAUUUACCGCACUCGGCGGGCGGGGAGGGAAUUUUUUUGUCCAAACCUGCAACAUAACCCUGUUGCGUUUGCAUCUCUAAAGCUGAUGUCAGGAAUGGCUUUGAUAUUGCAGGUUCACAAAUUACAGAUUUUUCUGCUCUUUCAACAGCUGUUUUCCACCUGUCAUAUCAUAACCCAAUAAAUUCAAACGGAGGCGCUGAAAUAUCUUUUGAAAAACUUAAUUAACUCUUUUCACAAUCAAUUUACAGCGCUCCUAACAGAUUUCGUGUACGCCAUUACCCACAAAUGUCAGAUAGUCUCCAGGUUCUCUUCUCUAGAGCAAAGUCUAGCGGGACGGACGCGAAUUUUUACUGCAUUUUAUAGUGCCUGUGAAGUACCUGUUGGAGGGAGUAGAGAUUUGUGCCUGUGUAGUGUGCAAAGCCACGCUGUUGCACCUAAAGCGUCCGUGGGGAUUCGAAGGCUUAUUUGCAGACUAACAACUUUGUGCUAAAAAGUCAACAAAGGGUUCUUUCUAAUCAGUCAUCUUGUCGUUGGGGUUAGAAAGCGUUUGGAAUUAAUACGUGUAAAACUGUUGGGGCUUGUAUUCUAAAUAAAGGGUGAUUAUUUGGUUGAUUCGGGAACGUUCCUGGUUUGAAAUGUUCAUUAAAGGGGUUUAUGAAAAACCUUGAUGGAUAAAGGAGGUUUAUUAAAGAAUCUGUGUGUUGGGGGAUCAACCUUCUUCUCCCUGAUGCUUGUUCUUUGAUUCCACCACCACCCUGAGGGACCCUGAUCAGCAGUCGUGCUUCUGUUUAGGAUUUGUAGGAUUUGGUUGCUCUAUAGUUGGCAAUAUGAGAUCUGCAGUACCGUAAAUAAAUUCACUUAUUUAAUCUUAUAACCAGUCUUUUUACUGGACUUAAUUGAUUUUUUGGUGCAUAUAUUUAAUCUUAUUGUGUGAAAAAGCUGCUAUGGAAAAUAUGUAGAUUAUAAUAAAUAUGUAAACAUAAUUGAUAUUUCAUGUUAUGAAAAUGUUAUGGAGGAACUGAUAUAUUUUAGUAUAAAAUUAUGGAAAUACGCUGAAUUAUCUCUGAUAAAGCUUUACUGGAAACGGUUUCAGUGUUGGCAGCCCCUCUAUGUUUUAAUUUGUGUUGGUUCUGAGACGGAGUUUUGUGUUGAAAAAUACAGGUAAUUACCCUCGUAGUCUCCCCUUCGCCGUCAUCCUGUGGGCUGGUGGCGGCGUGGCGGGGCGCGCGUGCAGGCGGCCGAGGGGAAGGACUUGCUGAUUCUGCUGAACGUCUCCAAUGACACGGACCUAUAGUUAGGGCAGCGGACUGUAAAUGGAAACCGUGCAUUGUAGUAUUUAAUCUCAAACCCCCAAAAUAUAGGUUUGUGUGUCUCCUGUUGCUAAAUGCGUCCUCUGGGUUUUUCAUUCUGUGUGGUUCCUCUUGCUCUGCGGAGAAAAAGCGGUUAAAGAACUCUCGUUUCCGCAAUUCCUGGCAAAGUCGCAGUUUUGUAACUCGGCCAAAUACUUUUGUGCUAAGAAAAUGAUUGCCAAGGCAUACAAAUGAAGUGAGAAAAUCCAUAAUAUUUCUUCAGGGCCCAUUUCUCCCCCCCCCCCCACGCGCUUUUUAAAUAUCUGAUUUAUUCUUGCCGUUGCACAGGCACCUAUUUGGCACCUGCCCCACAACCCCAUAGCUCGGCGUCAGAACGUAAGGGAUCGUACUGGUGACGUCUGACGCCACGCUUCACCCGGACGCGGAGAGUUUUAUCCUGGCUUUAUAGACCAUUGUUUUACGCGUUCAUCUGAUCUUCAGGCGCUGGGCGCUAGAGCGGAGGAACGGCGUUCGGGCAGCGCCCCGCGUUGAGUCGGGGCGAGCGUUUGCGUGGCCGUCGCUCGCCCCCAGCCCUCCACGGGAGCGAGCCUAGCGAGGGUGAGGGCAGGGCUUUCGGUCCGGCGCGUCUCCGGGACCGAGCAGCGCGCUGCUUCUCGCAGUAGGAGAGUUCGCCCUCGCAGGGAAAGCAUGCUUUUUGUUAACCAAUAUGGAUUUCGGGACCUUUUGCAUAUCGAAGCGUAGUAUAAAUUCCUGCUGGAUUAAUUACACUGAAUAAUCACCUAGAAUCUUUUCAUUUGUAGUUUUAGAAGUCCUUUCUUUUGGACAGUCUUAAGAUUACUGUGAGAAGAAAGUGUCGGUUCCUUGCUGGAUGCUGAAAAUGAAAGAGCAAAAGUAGAUUUUUUAGGUGACGAGAAGGUUUCAGGUAGUUGUCGGCAGCUUGUGGUCCCGGGCUGCGCCCCCCGAGGAGCUGUGUUCCUGAAGCUCCCCCAAAGCUGCUGCACAGGGAGCAAAGCCCGGCCCACCACUCCUGGUUGUGUAACUCAUUUAGUCGGGACCGUUCUAACUCGGAACCUAGCAGCUUGUUUCCCAAGAUGACUUGAUGCAUAACCUUUUCCUAUCUCUGCUUUUUUUUUAUUCCUCCAAAGCUUUCGUUUGCAACAGGAAGGAGAGGUAACAGCUGUAUUGCUUCUGAAAGAGGAAAUAAUUCCGAAACUCCUUAUAGCAGUGUCUGGUUGUGAAACCCUUCAGAGCAGGGCUUCUAUUGAGCAAUAUGCAGGACAGGAGACUGCAGCGAAAGACCUACUGAGGCAAAACUGAGCCAUACUCUAGGUGACACCUGCAAGGCCUCUUGGUGCCCUGUAUCUCUCCUGUCAAUGGGAUAUUUGAAACCAGUGUCAUGCUUCCAGUUCCGAAUACACAAGCGGUUGUUGGUCUGUCUACUACUGAGUGAGGAAAGCGGUUCAGAUAAGUGCUCAAGACAAAAACCAAAUCCCUUUCUCACAAAAUAUCCCAGUCCAGACCCUUGUAAAUGAUUUUCUGAUUGCACUUUCUGGUUUUUUUUGCUUUUCCUGUAGCUUCUUGAAUAUGAUUUUAUUGUAACUGUAAUUAUUUUUGUUCUCACCUAUUGUGCAUUCUCUGUGUGUAUUAAAAGAAGCUUUGAUAUGUAAUUUAAUAAUAAAUUAGAAUUCUAAGCAA